AUGAAUACAAACUAGAAUAAUCAAAAAAGCAUAACCAAAGUUAUACAUUAAAAUAAUAGGUACAUAGAUUAAAUUACUAGUCAUAAAAAGUAUCCUUAAAACAAUGCCUUAAGUAUUUUUUAAAAUUUCAUUGGAGGUAAUUCUAAGUAGGAUAAUUAUGAGAUCCCAUAUUUCUAACCUCCUACUGAGUAACGUUCUAAAAAAGGGCAUUAUGCAAAAUAACGAGCUUCAUUUUCAAGCUAAUACUUUUGUAAUGACAGCAAUACCCAAAACAAAGUUAAUUGUAAUGUAAGUCACUCAGGUAUUUUAAGAAUGAAGAGCACAGAUUUAAAUAAAGAUUUAGAAGAAUAAGUUGUUUUCACUCCUAUUCAAAAAAAAGUCCAUUCUCCUUAACCUGAAAGCUUACUUCAGCAUUAAAAUUUAAGUUAUUAAAGCAGUUUGUAAAAUUAAAAUAAUUAAGCAUUAAACCAAUAAAAAUAUGGAUCUUAAAACAUAUCUCAAUAACCAAGUUACAUGGAAAGGAAGUCUUCAACUCCUAUUAUAAAAGAAAGGUUUAUUCCAAAUGAUUAAAAAUAUAAAGAUUUAUCUUCAAUUUAAGUAUUUUAAGCUCCUAAAGAAACAAUCUAAAUAAGUAAAGAUAGCUUAAACUUGCCAAAGUUAGAUUAAUCGCAUUCUAGUAUUAAUUUAUAAAAGAAAAGCGUAAUAUAAAAUGGUUAAUAGGGUAAUUAAGAUUUAAAUUAAUGUUCACAAUCAAGCUAGGAUAAAAGUUAUUCUAAAAAUACACCCAUUAACAUCCAUAGAAAAUAUAAUUUAGUUAGUAAUAAUUCAGACUAUUCAACUUCAGUACAAAAAAAAAGCGACAUAACAGAUGAUCAUAAUCCUAGUUUUAACAAAGCAAGUUAGUAUAUAAUUGAAUCAUAAAAUAAAAUAAGCGAUGAAAAGAAGAGCUUUGGAAGAAAGAGUGAGGGAGAAAUAGAUCUUAAUAAUAUUUAAAAUAAAUAUGCAAAGCCUCUUUCUAAAGUAGUUAAGGAAGGAUAAAAUUUAAAUACUUCUUCGAAGCAAAAUAUAAACAAUCAUUUUUUAGAAUUAAAUCAAAAUCGAUUUUUGAUAUAAAAAUAAGAUUCUAAAAAGCCUAAUUCUUCUCUCUAUCAUAUUAAGAACUCCAUCGAUUCAUCUUAAAAAAAUAUUUUAAAUGCGCAGACUACUAAAAAUUAAGGAAAUUCUUAAAAUAUUUUGAAUUUUUCUUCUACUUCUACAAACUAGUAAUACUCAUCUUCAAUUAGAUCUUAAUCUGUUUAAAUUAAUACUCUUUAACAAAUAAAAUAAAAAAAUGAAAUAGCUACAAGUAGCAACAAUAAAAUGAACAUCAAGUUUGAAUUAAAUAAUAAUAAUAAUAUACUGCAAUAAUAACCAACUAUUCAAUCUGCAAGAGAAUUAGAACAAAAAGAAAACAAAAUUAUUGAAUCCUUUAAAUAAAAUAUCACUGCAGCAAAUGAAUCCCAUGGUAUGUAUAAGGGUUUUAUAUAUGACUAGAAAGGAAAUAUAAAAACAUUUGAUAUAAUAUGCUAAACAAAAACUAGAGCGGGGUAGUACAGUCCUAACUUAAAAAAAAUUAACUAAGAUUCUUAUAUUGUUAUUCCGUACUUCCCUAAUGAUAAAACUUAUAGCUUAUUUGGAGUUUGUGAUGGUCAUGGCGAAUACGGGCAUUUAGCUUCUAACUUUGUAAAAAAAAAUUUGCCCAAAGUUAUUUAGAGAGUUAUUAAGUCGUAAGGAGGGUGGCAAAAUAAUGAUAUAAAUUUAUAAAAAAUAAUUACGAAAUCAUUUCAGACAGUAUCAAAUGAUUUAUUAAAUUCCAAAGUAGAUACCUUUAUGAGUGGUACAACUGUAGUAUCUGUUUUGAUUCAUAAUAAUACUCUCUGGUGCUCAAACUGUGGUGAUUCUAGAGCUAUUCUAGGAAGAGAAUUAGGUAAAGGUUCAAAAUCAGAGUGGAAAAGUAUACCUCUUAGUGAAGACCAUAAACCUGAUUUGCCAAGAGAAAAAAAGAGAAUUUUAGAACAUGGUGGCAAAGUUGAGAAAUCAAGAGAUGAAAACGGAGUAGCUGGUGGCAUUUACAGAAUAUGGAAUUAAACUAUGGAAGGUCCUGGACUGGCUAUGGCUCGGUCUCUUGGAGAUAAAGCAGGGAGAGAAGUAGGAGUAAUAUCAGAUCCGGAUAUAUAUGAAGUACUAAUAAAAGAAGAAGAUCGAUUUAUUGUAAUAGCUAGUGAUGGCGUUUGGGAGUUUUUAACAAACUAAGAUGUAAUUUUUUAUGAAUAAUGUUAUGUUUUCUUUUACUAUAUAAUUUUAAAUAGGUAGUUAAAAUAGUAAUUCCUUUUUAUAAACAAAACGAUUCUGCUGGAGCAGCAGAUGCUAUAAUCAAACAAUCAGUGCUUAUGUGGCAAAAAAAUGAUGAAAAUGUGAUUGAUGAUAUCACUUGUGUAGUUCUAUUUUUUAGGUUUUAAGAUGACAAUAAAAAGAAAGUCCUAGAAUAUAUUUGAGAAGCAAUGUUAAAGAUUUAAUAAAAUAAUUUCCAAUUCUCAUAAAAAAAAGCUUCUACAGCAAUAUCAAAAAGCAUAAAAAAAAUAUAUCAAAAUAAUAAAUUAUACUUUUAGAAAAAACUAAUAAUUUAUUAACAAUUUAAGCUUAUAGAUAAAAUAAAUACAAACAAAUAUCAUUAUAAACAUAAUCGAAUCCUUUCUAUCUUUAUUAAUUAAUUUUCAAUUUAAUAUUAUAAAAUCAUGUAAUUAUUACUAUUAUUGUUACCAUUUUAUAAAGUAUUUAAUCGAUUUAAAAAUAUAAAAAAUCAUUUGUAAAUACUCUUUGUCUUUUUCAUUAAAAAUUGUUAAAAUAUUUGCACGUGUAAUU